AUGAGUUUAAUAUUUUUAGCAUAAGAGAAAAUUAAGCAGAAAACUAAAAAGCUAAUUAAACUUAUUGAAAAUACUAUAGCAUACUAUCCACCUGUUUAUAAAACUUGCAAGAAUUAAUAGAUAUUUUUGGGUAAAAUAGUGUCUAUUAGUAAAAAAUAGCUAAACUUCUAAACUAUAAAGCCACUCAUUAAUGCACCAAAACUAGAAGAAGAAACUAUAUUUUAUAAAAAACUCAAAGAUACUAUACUAGUAGAGGCUAUUUAUGAAGUCUAUGCUGUUGAUUAGGUUAUUGACUUCAUAGAACUUUCUCCUAAUGAGGAAUUAUACGUAAAAUUUUACAAUACACAUUAUGAUUUAAAUAAAGAAUAUGAAUCAUAGCAAUCAGAACAUUGGUUUUAACUUAUUCCAAAACAAGUUUUACACCCCUUAAAGCAGACUUUACAAUAUAUACCUUCAAUAAUACUUUCCAUUAGGGCAUGUUAAGCAAUUAGUAGGUAGAGAGCCGUUGCAAGUAAAACAACUCUAAUCACAGUCUAAGCAAUUAGUGCCGCUUAUGAAUACUCCUGUAUUUUAGCAUGGUUAACAAGAGUUAUUCCUAUAUAAAUACUUUCCAGUAGGACAUGUUAAGCAAUUAGUAGCUAGAGAGCCGUUACAAGUAAAACAACUUAAAUCACAGUCUAAGCAAUUAGUACCGCUUAUGAAUACUCUUGUAUUUUGACAUGA